UCUAAUUAUUAUGAAUAUAGAAGUAUGUACAUAAAUACCGCACACGAUACAUGGAAGUUCUGGUUCCAGUCUGUUUUAAACGAUGAGUGCAAUCAACAUAACAUUAGUACUUCUAAUCACAUUUUCCUUUGUUUAUAUAAAUAAUGGACUUAAUAUACCCAGUAAAUUAGAAUCGAAUGUUCUAUCUGUAUUCAUUCCUGAUGAUAGUCGACCAAUUCAUGAUAUUAAAAGAAAGGAAGUCAUCGACGAAGCUUUACAGCCAAUGAGCGUUAAAGAAAUAGACAUUUUUGAAACGGGUGAAAGUAGCAAUGACUUUGUAUAUCGUCCUCUAUUUGUAUAUCGGCGAAUCGAACACAGCAAACGAAGAAUCAAUAUGUAUAAUGCAUUUGCCGGUUAAAAUAACAAACAGAUUAACGCACUACUAUUUGUUAGAUUACUGCCGCUUCUGCCGGAAUAUCUCCUGUACACGAUCUUAAAGCCAAAUUAGAUUCAAAAGUUGCUGGAGAGUCUUUCCUGCUUAAUUCCCCUCACAAAGCUCUAAAGCACUUGGAUAAUUCUAUAUUAAAAGCAACAAAAAAUGUAACUCAAAAUCCUCAGAUGGAAGAAAAACUGUAUCAGAUUUCCAAAGAUCUCGUUUCAGCUAUUUUGUCCAAAUUAGAAAUUCAAGAUAAGAUAACGAGAGUUACGAGAGAGGCUCUUGAAGCACCAGGAAAAAAUAAGGGCAUCACAGCCAUUGAAACACGAAGGAUAUUAGAUUAUAUAUCACGAACAUUAUCAGGAAACAUUCUUAGUGUCACGAGAUCAUCAACGGAGCCGGAACUACAUCGAUUAGUAUAUGGCUUGGCUCAAAUUGCAGCAGAAGUUUCCAUUGUCUCAGCAUUAAAAGAUAUAACCUAUGCGAGCGCUUUAUCGAAGAAGCAGUCUGUAGAUUUAUCGUUGCGUAAAAAGAGAGCAAUUGUAUCGGGAGCAGGAAAUAAAUUAGCUCUACCCGUUCCAGUGACUAACUCUGUUCCGACGAUUUAUGAUGCUAUAUUGAAUAAAUCUGCCGAUAUGGUCACACCAUCUGCACCACUUAUGCAUGAUAAUAUGACAAUACCCUUAUCACCAUUUUCCGUUUUACCUCAUGGCAACUCGUUACAUAUAUUGAAUUCUAAACCUACUGUAGCUAUUGGUAUCAGAGGAUUUUUAAAUCAAACCGCAUUGGAUAUUGAAAACAAUGAACGAAAUGUCAAUAAAACAGCAGAAUCAAUACUAAUAGAAAACUCCGUUAAUGGGACUCAUGAAUUGGUAAUAGAUACACCGAAUUACGAAAGCCAAGACAUUUUGGUAGAUGACUGGCUUGACUCAAGGGACAAUAUUUACAAACCUGCUCUAAACGCAGAUGUUGUGGCAGAAAUUAAUUUAGAUCAGCCUGAGUAUGAGGAAGAGGCAAAAAAUGAAAAGAGAGCUAAACAGAAGAUGGAAAAACUUGAAGCAAAGGCCAAGAAAGCAAUUCUGUAUGCAGGUGAUGUAGCGUAUUUGACAGCAGCUAGCGUUGUGGCCAUGCGACGGGCGUUGACUGCGUCUAUCGAGGUGCAAAUGUCCGUAAGGUACGCUAAGAAUGGUAUGGCGAACCAUCAAGAGCUAAUGAUGAAUUUGGCGAAAACUGCGGCGCAGCAGGCUGGUAAGGAAGCUAAGAGCGCUAGUUCAAAAUCGCUUGCAUGUGAGAGAGUUAUUAAGCUUGCAUUGAAAUAUACUGCUCAAUCGCACGGGGCAAAGUUAAAUCAUGUUGCAAAUCGGAUAAUAAUGGAUUCCCUAUCAUUAGCCACGCUAGCUAAGUCGAUGGCGUACGUUUCGUCAGACAUCGCUAUCAAUUCCUUGUAUCAAGCGACGGAUGUCAAACCCCCAUCGUGAAAUCUAUGCGUUAAAGUUUCCCAAUAAAUAUUUACUGAAUAGUA